AUGAUCAUUAUUCCCCAAAACGAUAUGGCAUCUAACAACUUGAACGCUCCGACUGCCAACCCUCCUCUUGCCACAUUUCUUGAUUCCCCUCCUCCAUACGACCCCCAAGAUGGGAGAACGACUGUCGACAACAACAAGAAAGCAGAUCAGUUAGGCUCGCCCCACUCGCACUCGCAGCCGCAGCCGCAACCGCAACCGCAACUGCAACCUCAGCCAUCGCAGCCGAUGUUGGCUGACCUGAGCAUUCCUGUAUCGUAUGGUGCGGUGAUGCUACCGGGGCCGCCCCCCGUUCACCAGUAUCGUGGACCCAAUGGGGAGAUUCUUUACGGGCUCCUACCGCCUACUCACCCGGAAAUGAUAUGUUUGCAGCAGGGACAUGACGAGAAAACGCAUUAUGGAAUACUUGGCCUUCUCGCUGCCGUCUUCUGGUUUCCUUUGGGGAUUGGGCUCUGUAUGCUCGACAGCAAGGUGAAGUGCAAGCGGUGCCACAAAGUCAUCGACGAAGGCAUUUGUGGCUAG